AUGUACGCCAGUCGGAGUCUCCUUCGAGUCAAGCCUCUGCAGCAGGCAAGGCGAUUCCAUCAGACCAGACCAGCUCCGUUCGUCAGUGAGGUGCUGGAGGUCUCAUCGAGCUUCAUCCACGGUGUGCACUCUGUCAGCCAUCUGCCUUGGGCUCUGUCACUUCCAUUAACUGCAUUUCUGGUCCGUAUGGGCGUGGCCUUGCCUCUACAGAUCUUUACCAAGGUCCAAGCUCGCAAAGACUCGGACCUCACGCCUGUCCUUAUGGCCUGGAGACAUCUCUAUCAAAAGAAAGCACAGGAGAAGGCAGCUUCUGGUGUCCCGCCUCUCCGGUCAGAGGCCAUGCGACAGUUGUCCAAGGAUACCUUAGAGCAGCAUCGGACUAUGCGAGAACGCUGGGGCAUCUACCGCUUCUACAGAUCCGCUACCUUUCUCCAGAUGCCUGUCUGGAUCAUGAUCAUGGAAAGCAUUAGAGGUAUGAGCGGGAACACCAACGGUCUGGUGCCCUAUUUGCUGUCCCUCGUAUCUUCGUCGACAGAAAGCAGCGCACCCAUCAUCCCUGUUGAGCCCACACUGGCAACGGAAGGCGCUCUCUGGUUUCCAGAUCUAUUGGCUGGCGACCCUACGGGUAUUCUCCCUGUAGCCAUGACAUUGUCGAUCUUACUGAAUGUCCGUAUGGGUUGGAACUCGCCAACGUUGAAGGACAUUUCAUACUUGCCGCGCAUGGAAAUGGCGAGAGAACUUACGUGGCGUGGUCUCAGGUUUUUUGUCCAGAUUCUCGCUCUGAAUAUUGGUAUCUCAUCCUACAUGUAUGAGAUGCCAGCAGCCCUUAUGAUAUACUGGAUCACUAGUGCCAAUAUCGCGACUUUGCAAACCUUUCUUCUGCAAAGAUACAUGUUCCCCACGCCCUCACUGAAGCCUUGGAAAAAGGUACACAUUGGCUAUUCUUGA